AAUGUCAUACUUGGAGAAUAACACUAAGGUGACUACAUUUAUCCUUUUGGGAUUGACUGACAUUCCAGAGCUUCAAGUCCCCCUGUUCAUCACAUUCAGUCUCAUCUAUCUUAUCACACUGAUUGGGAACCUGGGCAUGAUUGUGUUGAUUUGGCUGGACUCCCGCCUCCACACCCCUAUGUAUAUUUUCCUCAGUCACCUCUCUCUGGCAGACUGUGUUUAUUCUUCUGCUGUGACUCCAAAGGUGAUGACUGGGUUUCUCACAGGGGAUAAAGUUAUCUCCUAUGGAGGAUGUGUUGCUCAAAUGUUCUUCUUUGUGGCUUUUGCCAGUGUUGACUGUUUCCUACUUGCUGUCAUGGCUUUUGACAGGCAUGCUGCAGUGUGCAAGCCCUUACAUUACACUACAACUAUGACUACUAGUGUGUGUGCUCGCAUGGUGAUUGCCUGUUAUGCCUGGGGUUUGUUUGAGUCUGCUAUACAUACUGGAUUCACCUUCUCCCUCCCCUGCUGUGCUAAUGUGGUCCAUCACUUUUUCUGUGAUAUACCUCCAAUCCUGGCUCUUUCUUGCUCUGAUAUCUAUGUGAAUGAGAUUGUUCUCUUUAUCUUAGCUUCAUUCAAUGUCUUCUUUGCUCUGAUAGUUAUCUUGACCUCCUAUGCUUUAAUAUUUAUUGCUAUUCUGAGGAUGCGUUCAGCAGAAGGACAGAAGAAAGCCUUCUCUACUUGUGCAUCCCACCUCACUGCUGUCACUAUAUUCUAUGGAACUGUAAUCUUCAUGUACCUACAGCCCAGUUCUAGUCAUUCCAUGGAAAAUGACCAAAUGGCAUCUGUUUUCUAUACCAUAGUAGUUCCCAUGUUGAACCCAGUUGUCUAUAGCUUAAGGAACAAAGAGGUUCAUAAUGCUUUCAAGAAAGUUGUUGAGAAAAUGAACACUUUGUUGAGCUCCUAA